UCCAGCUAUCAUCAGCACUUGGUGCAUUCCCUCCUAUCCGUUCACACCCCGCAACGCCUCCUCCUUCCGCUCCAAGUCCUCAGCGGUGGUCGACAGAAAGGAUACAGUAACGCGAAAAUGGGAGUAGAAAUUGAGACGAUAACUCCUGGAGACGGACGGACAUUCCCGAAGAAGGGACAGCGCGUCGUGGUGCACUAUGUCGGAACCCUGGACGAUGGGAAAGUUUUCGACUCCUCGAGGUCCAGAGGAAAGCCUUUUAAGUUCAAGAUUGGACAUCAGGAGGUUAUCCGAGGAUGGGAAGAGGGAGUAGCUCAGAUGAGCGUAGGCCAGCGGGCGAAGCUUAUCUGCUCCCCAGACUUUGCCUAUGGCAGUAAAGGUCACCCAGGGGUCAUCCCACCAAAUGCCACUCUCACCUUCGACGUGGAGCUGCUUGGGCUGGAAGCUUGAAACUCGUGCACUCUGCUUUGUUUAUUUCCACUCAGAUGUUUAGGGUUGACUCCUGUCCCGGGAACAUGGAGGGAAUAACGAUGAUUCCUGCAUAGGACCUACAUCACUUGUCUGUUGCCAUUUCAGAUUCAUGCAGAAUAAUCUCACUUGCUUUUAAACUUGAUUCAUUAUUACUGUCUAAGUUAGACUUUAAGUCAUAGGUCAGCCCAUCCCAUGUAUUUUUGCUCUGUUACUGGU